GUUUCGACUGUAAGAGGACAGAAACCUUCACACAGACUAAGAACACGGACUAAGAACUCAAUCACGGACGGAACAACGAUCAAAAACCUAUCUGGAUUACAUUUGUUUUGCCGGGACUCUACCUUUGGAUCUAAACGCGUCUCAGCAUCGCUGGGGAUUCUGUUUUUUAUCCUGGAGCUUGUGGAUUAUUUUACUGACUUCAGCAUGACUCUUGAGGAGGUUGUUGGAUCCAGCAGUACCGACAAAAAGAUGGAGACGGUGAGUCAGGCUCUGGAGGAGUUGCUGGUCGCGGCUCAGAGGCAGGACUGCCUCACAGUGGGAGUCUACGAGUCCGCCAAACUCAUGAAUGUAGAUCCAGACAGUGUGGUUCUGUGUCUUCUCGCCACCGACGAGGAGGACGCGGACGACAUCGCGCUGCAGAUCCACUUCACGCUGCUGCAGGCUUUCUGCUGCGAUAACGACAUCAACAUCCUCCGGGUGUCCGGCAUGAGGCGCCUGGCGCAGCUGCUGGGGGAGGACACCGAGAACAGCAACGGGAACGAGCCCCGGGACUUGCACUGCAUCUUGGUCACUAACCCCCCCGUGCAGCCGCUCCAGUGUCAAGCUCUGCAGGACGUCAGCAGCUUCUGCGCAGAGAGCCGCUGCAGGAACCUGUGGGUUCCCUGCUUGGAGCUGAAGGACCGCUGAGCGCAACUGAACCUUUCCAUUUUUGCCUUUUGCCUACCGCCCGAGGAGCGGUGAGAAGAAGCUGAGAACAGCCAAGACCCUCGUGGUGAAGAGGGGGAGCACGACUCUCCUCCCCAAGGGAGCUCGACGAGCCUCAGUCCGCCUUUUAGACGGAAUCACGGGAGCGCGUGGGAUGAUGGCGUCGGUGCUGAACCGCCGCGCCAGGAGCGCGAUUGGAGGCUCCGGGUCAGGGAGCGUUGCAAGUUUUUUUUUUUUUUCUUAAACGAGGUGACGACAGCGGAGGCGUCACGUGACUGAACCGAUGCAUGAACGAGGAGCUGCAAUGGACAGAGCCAGGUGUCUUGCUCACCUGUUUACGCACGAAACCUUCUGUUAUUUAAGUGCACAGAUUAAUAUAUGAAAAAAAUGGACCUACAUGUUGAAUCUCAUUUAUUUAAAUAAAUUAUGCAUUGAACAAACAGUGA